AGGACCCAGCAGGCGGCGGCAGGCGGCAGUUGUGUAGAUCGCUGAGACUACGAGGGUCCGGUUCAGUUUUAAUUCUGUCUCUAAUCUCUGCAACAGCGGCGCUUCCUGGGUCCCGCGGCUCCCCUGCUCACUCAGCCGCGGCUAACCGCCGGGCGAAAAUCAGAGCCGCCUCCUCCCCAUCACCCACGAUGGAAACCCUCCAAGAAAAAGUGGCCCCGGACGCGUGUGCCUGAGAAUUCCGCACAAAAGAGGUGCCCAAAAUGAAGACCCUGGUGCGCCAUGGUCUGGCAGUGUGUUUAGCGCUCACCACCAUGUGCACCAGCUUGUUGCUCGUGUACAGCAGCCUCGGCGGCCAGAAGGAGCGGCCCCCGCAGCAGCAGCAGCAGCAGCAGCAGCAGCAGCAGCAGGCAGCGGCGACCGGCAGCGCGCAGCGGUCGGCGGAGAGCAGCCCCGCGCCGCGCCCCGAGGCCCCCGCGGGACCGCGGCCACUGGACGGAUACCUUGGCGUGGCGGACCACAAGCCCCUGAUAAUGCACUGCAGGGACUGUGCCCUGGUGACGAGCUCAGGACACCUGCUGCGCAGCCGGCAAGGCCCCCAGAUUGACCAGACCGAGUGCGUCAUCCGCAUGAACGACGCCCCCACGCGCGGCUACGGGCACGACGUGGGCAAUCGCACCAGCCUGAGGGUCAUCGCGCACUCCAGCAUCCAGCGGAUCUUGCGCAGCCGCCACGACCUGCUCAACGUCAGCCAGGGCACCGUGUUCAUCUUCUGGGGCCCCAGCAGCUACAUGCGGCGCGACGGCAAGGGCCGGGUCUACAACAACCUGCAGCUCCUGAGCCAGGUGCUGCCGCGGCUGAAGGCCUUCAUGAUCACGCGCCACAAGAUGCUGCAGUUCGAUGAGCUCUUCAAGCGCGAGACAGGCAAGGACAGGAAGAUCUCCAACACUUGGCUCAGCACGGGCUGGUUCACCAUGACGAUUGCCCUGGAGCUCUGUGACAGGAUCAAUGUUUACGGCAUGGUGCCCCCAGACUUCUGCAGGGAUCCCAAUCACCCUUCAGUACCUUAUCACUACUACGAACCUUUCGGACCUGAUGAAUGCACCAUGUACCUCUCCCAUGAGCGAGGACAGAAGGGUAGUCAUCACCGCUUUAUCACAGAGAAACGAGUCUUUAAGAACUGGGCACGGACAUUCAAUAUUCACUUUUUUCAACCAGACUGGAAACCAGAAUCGCUUGCUGUAAGUCAUCCUGAGAACAAACCUAUGUUCUGAGGAAAGUGUGUGGCCAGACAGAAAUCCCAAGAACCUGCUGUAUCAGACAUCAGGCCACUGAAUUCCCUGAAACACCAGACAUGAAGGAGGAACAGAACUGGUCGCCUGAGUAGCUUCGGUCCUCAAGAAGUACCGUGCACAGGGGCCUCUGUGGCAUGACUACAAGUCAGUGCAGUUGGCUUUUAAGAGAAAAUUCCAGAAUUAAUACAUCCUAAUGAGUGUUGUCCCUUUCAAAAGGAGUUAAUUUAGGAGCUCAACACUCAUUUCAAUGAUGCUGCCAUGGCUAAAAACAUUUUGGAUCUCUUUAAGUAUUGCCUUGGAAACUGAGACAUUAGCAACUCAACAUUAGUUGUAUUCCUUUGUAGAAAUACCAUGUCAAAAGUCAUUUUUCUACCGAAUUGUAUGCUAACCUGAACCUUUGUCAUUUGUUGGACUCUGUAUGUGUGAUUUGUAAAAAGCAGCCUGAAAGUAUGAACAUGAUUUCUGAAAAGUACAUCUUCACUGACUUUCAUAAGCAAAUGCCCAAUA